GUAGCCAUCAGAAACGAGACAAAGUUGACAUGUGAAAUCGAGUACGAACAAACGUGCCUCGCUUGCUCGUGUCGAUGAUUGACAUAUUGGAGGUGUUGAACGAUUUACAACCCUCCUUAGGUAGGGGCGUGUUCCUUCCUCUUGUAUAAGACACGUUAUAUGAGAAGCUGCUAGUCUGUUGAAUCAUAGGCCAUCGUGCUGCAAAACGAGGUCAAAUAAAAUAAUUGACGAUUACAAACGACGUAUUUUCGUCGUUUUCGGAAGCACCUUUCAGAAGCUCAAUAUGCGCGGAAUCUCAUUGUGCCUCCUAUUAUUGUUCGCCGUUCUGACGAAAGCCUAUAUGAAAUCCUGCAAAUACUGGUGCAAAGUGGGCAAUCAUCGAUACUAUUGUUGCCCAAACGGAAAAGGUGAUUCUUCAUUGGAGCACGGCUGGCAUUCAUACCUUUUCCCCUGGUUCUGGUUUGGCAUCACCGCAGAACCGCAUAGUGAGCAACCUUGGCACGAACCCAUGAUGAAAUGGAAACCGAAGAAGCAUUGCCCGCCCUUGAGGAUCUCUUGUCCUAGGACUUAUGACUGGUACAAGCCGCCUAAAUACUGUGAUAGUGAUCAUGAAUGUGACGAAGAGGAAAAAUGUUGUUACGAUGUAUGUCUGGAACACAAGACGUGCAAAGACGCGGAAUAGACGCUCCUAAUAAUCUAUCGAUAAAAGUAGUUGUUAUUAGUAAUCAAGUAUUUUAAUUAAGUUAUGAUGCAAUAUCAUAAACAUUAUUGCAAUUAUACAGACCGCUCUGUAUGUGAUGAAUGACAAUUAAACAUAUAUCUUGAUUGAACAAAAGA